AUGGAAAGCAUUUAUAAACCAAAAACGGAGAAAGUGGUGUCUGUGUGGAACGCUUUGUCUGAAUAUCAGAAAGAGCUGUAUCCGGAUGGUAUGAACAGAUUUGUGGACACCGACUUGGAUAUAAUGGAAGCCAUGGGCUUCGAUGGAAAUACGACCGAAUUCGAUAAACUGCUUGAGUCAGUUGAUGUGGCACAGCUUUCUAGCCCAAAAGAUAUCCCGGUGAGGUCAUUUGUGCCGUAUAAACUUGGAGUCAAGCCGAAAAUAAUACCAAUACCCCAAAAGGCAAGUCGAUUCCAAUGCAUUCAGCGUGUAUUAGCUCGAAAAACCGAGCAGCAACAACGCAAUAUUGAUGUAAAGCUACGCUACAAUCGGCACAAAUAUAUGAAAAAAAAGCAAGACUUAGAAUCUUCACACGACUUGGUUCCCUUUAAAGAAAUGCUUCUUAUACUGCGAUUUUAUGAACCAUUCAAAUACAAACCGGGUCGACGUUUAGGCCACCCUAAGUUCAACCAAGAAUUUUAUGUUCUCAGCUCGCAGUAUUUAACUGAAUUGAAGGAUAAAAUAUAUUGCCACUGUGAUUCAGGGCCGUUUUACGAAAUCAGCGAGAAUCCAAAGCAAAAACCAUCUGAACCGAGUUCACAAUCCGGAUUCUUUUUUAUUACCGAUACAUUUUACAACGAUUUAAGAGACGCUUCGAAUAAAGAUUAUUCAUCUGUGAUACAAAAAUGGGCGGAGCGGCAAGGUUUGAUAGGGGAGCUUACAUCGAAAAGUAUGGAAGAAACUCGUUUUGGGGAUUUAAAAUUUCGUUUGGGAUAUCCGCAGGUGUACCAGCAUCAAGGGAACUGCGAACAUUUGUUCGUCGUCAGUGAUUGCCGACUAUUGGCAGCGACCGAUAUUCUAUCGAGAGCACGAUAUCCGUGGCUCAAUUGCUAUGGUUUUUCGCGAGAUGUUCCUUGUAAUAUCUGUGGGCAUUGUCAGGCGCAGUUCGUCGUGCAUAACAGCAAUCGGCACAUCUUUGAUCCCGCUUAUGUUUGUGAGACCUGCUUGAACACGUACCAUUAUGUAGACGGACAAAAGAUAGGUGAAUUCAAUCUGUAUGAAUAUUCUCAAACGCUGAUGCGCACCAAUGACGAGCCCAUGGCACCAUCGUGUUCUCAGACAAAUACAUCGUAG